GAUGAACCAGGCUCCUACUGAUGGGUUUGAGGAAGAUGUAGGAACACGAACAACUCAUCAUGUCAUGUACCCAGAGAGUGCCAUAGACUUGGACAACACCACCAGUCUGGUGCUGAUCCCUUUCAAAGUUCUGGACCUGCAGUGGAUUAUCAGUGCUCUGACUACUGGCACAAUAAAACACACAUAUUUACCUGUUAUGCCCAGAAUAAAGGCAAACAAAGAUAAGGUUUUGAUUUACAGUCCAACAUUUUUCAAAUAUGUCCACGAGUCCUGGCUGGAAGGUCAUGGACGAUAUCCCUCAACUGGCUUCCUCAGUUUGCUGCUCGCUCUCCACAUAUGUGACCAGGUCAGUGUGUUUGGAUUUGGUGCUGACCAGUACGGAAACUGGCACCACUACUGGGAGGAGAACCAUUUGGCGGGCGCUUUCAGACACACGGGAGUCCAUGAUGGAGAUUAUGAGUAUAAUGUCACCUUGCUGCUGGCGGACAAGCACAAAAUCCGGAUGUUCUCUGGCAGAUGAUGCCAAGCGUGGGAAGGAACGUCAUCAACCUUCAAAUAAAAACAAACAUCAUUUCAUGGUGUCUUCAAACAUCUGUGCUUUAUGUAUUUUACACAGCCAUGUUGUUUUGUUUUAGCUGAAGCUGCUGCCGUGGUAAUUGGAAAACCAAUAAAGAUAUUUUUUUUUUCACUGCCGCUUUACAGAAGCUGUUCCUCCCUAGACUGAGCAGGCAGGAAGGAAAUAAAGAUGCCAAAAUCAUGAUUAUCUCUUUCCCUCUAUUUUCUUUUUUUCACCUCACCCUCUUUUUUGCAGUGAAACACUGUGGACUUCUUAAGCUCGUGUACCAAAGGUUAAUGAAAAAGAAAAGGAACAAAGCUGUUCUAUCAGCAACAUAAAAGACGAUGCGCUGUAUUUUACUGCGGAUCUAUGCGAACAGAGAGCAGGAUUUAAGGCCGGAUUGCUUAAAAAAGGCCUACAUUUAAAGCUUUAAAACGCCCAUAUUUAUGACCAAAAAAAACGGCUUCUAAACCCCAUUGACUAAAGUGUAAAAGUUAUUUUGAAAUAAUCUAAAUGGGAGAGUACAGGUAUCUUGGUUU